GCCACGUACCAAGACGUCAAAGGGAUGGGAGCCACCACCAUCCGCAGGAACAUCUGCCACCUUGUGCAGCUGUGGAUAAAGGAAACCCCAGAGUUGUUUGACUUGGACCAGCGCUUGGCCGAGUCCAUGCAGGAAUUCCACAAGGUGGCCACCCGGAUCGGCGGUCUCCACCAUGCGUCCCUCAUCGACAUCUCUCACAUCCCGUCGUGCGACUGGCUGCGGAGGGUGACGCGCCGACCGCACCCGCAGAAGCGGAGGAAGAUGUCGCUGCUGUUGGACCACCUCCAGGCGCUGGAACUGGCCGAGCUCCUCACCUUCCUGGAGUACAAGUACUUCCGUCGCGUCUCUUUUGCGGACUACAGGAGCUUCGUGGUGCGGGGCUCCGUGGAAGGGGUCCCGGCACUUGAGAGAUCCAUCUCCCUGUUCAACGGCGUGAGCCAGUGGGUGCAGCUCAUGGUGCUGAGCAAGCCGCUCCCGGCCCAGCGGGCGCAAGUCUUCCGCUCGUUCCUCAGCCUCGCGCAGAAUCUGCUGCGGCUACAGAACUUCAACACGCUCAUGGCGGUGGUGGGGGCUCUGAACCACAGCUCCAUCUCCAGGCUGCGCGACACAAUCGCUUUCCUUCAAGUCGAGGACAACAGGGUCUUGCUCGAGUUGACGGACUUGCUGUCCGUGUCAGGGAACUACCGCAGCUACCGGCAGGCGGUGUCUCAGUGCGAGGGCUUCUGGCUGCCCGUCCUGGCCGUUCACCUCAAGGACCUGGUGUCUCUGCAUGCCGCCCUGCCCGACUGGCUCGGCGGAGAGAGGAUCAACCUCGCCAAGAUGCAGCAUCUGCACGCCACCUUCAGCCCGCUGAUGAACCUGCACCACACCCCGCCGCAGAUCGAACCCAACAUGGACCUUGUUCACCUUCUCACGGUGUCUCUGGAUCUGUACUACACAGAGGAGGAGAUUUAUGAGCUGUCGUUCGUGAGGGAGCCUCGAAACGGCAAGGCAACGCGUUCGACUCCAAAUAAGCUGAAACUAUCCUUGGAGUGGACCAGGGAAGCCCAGCCCAAGCCAGACCCUGCCGCCAUCAAUCGCCACAUCCGUCAGAUGGUGGAGACCGUGUUCAAAAACUACGACCACGACCACGACGGCUACAUCGCGCAAGAGGAUUUCCAAAACAUCACCGCCAAUUUCCCAUUCCUGGACUCGUUCUGCUUCCUGCGGAGGGAUCAGAUCGGUCAGGUGAGCAAGGAGGAGAUGAUGGGCUACUUCCUGCGAGCGAAUUCUCUGCGCUGCAAGCUGGGCAAAGGGUUCACCCACAACUUCCAGGAGACCACGUACCUCAAGCCCACCUUCUGCGAGCACUGCGCCGGCUUUCUGUGGGGCCUUGUGAAGCAAGGCUUCAAGUGCAAAGACUGCGGCGUGAACUGCCACCGGCAGUGCAAGGAGCUGGUGAUGGAGUGCGCGUCGAGCGGGCGGCACGGAGGGGGGGCCACGUCGCCAUCCCCGUCCCUCACGUCCCUGUCGGAAACGCCCACGCACAGCCCGGACAACGCUCCUGACCUGUGCGCUCUGCUCAAGUCCAGAAAGGGCAGUGACGGUAAUGAGGGUUCCCUCACCCUGCUCACCAGCUCUGCUCAGAGGAUCUCCGUCAAAGUGCACCACUCCACCGUCAACAGGGCCACGCAGACAGACCACUGGCUGUCCCCUCCGCCGAUUCCUAAACGUCAAUGUGCUGUCGACGCGGAGGAACCGCCCACGUUGGAGAAUCGCUUGGUUCGCUACGGGGGCCGCUGCGCGCACGCGGAGCAGCCGGGCUCGGACUCCGCGCUCGCCAGGGGGAAGGUGGUGCAGAGGCUCCAGAAUUCCAGGCCGCGGGUCCCGGAGAAGGCCUUCGAUGCCUUAUCUAACAGGGUGCAAAGGCAUCAGGCUCUUCCGAAGCUGCUGCUGCCCGACGCCUCGGACGCUUGGGAAAUCUCUCAGCUGUGUUCGCCCGAAUCCCAGCUACAGCGUGCGGGAGGAAGCACCGAGAGCUGCCUCAAAUAUCGGGCAGAAGCUUCCCUGCGGACACUCGUGACACACACGAAGGCCUUGCAAAUGGAAGAGCGCUGCAAGAAGUUGGAGGGCAAGAACGCCGAGCUUCAAGAAGAGACCUCCAGGUUGCAAAUGGAACUUUCUGCCGCCUACAAAAGCCUCGCAUCUUUAAGACAUCACAUUCAGUCGAUGUGUGAGAAAAGCUCCAGUUUCAUCACGGAGCAGAUGGAAAUCCUGCAGCUAGAUUAUCAAGACUGACACAACUCAUGCGUCGCGCCUGUGUUUGUGUGUGUACGAAUGUGACGCACCUCUGAUUAGCGCGGUUGGCUACGUACGGCGCGAAGGAAGUUCAGCGUAUGUACAUACAGGCUCUAUUCGGCACAAUUUGAAUAAAUAUCCACGUAGGGUUGCCCUGAUAUGGCGAUACUGCGAUCUAUCGUACGAUAUAAGAUCCAUGGUAAUCAUAUCGUCAUAUCAUGGUUAUCGUUACUCGUUGAUUUUUUUCCUAAGUAAUUCUUUACCGGACAUAUUAGUUACGAAUUAGCAAGUUAAUGUUCACAGGAAUAAUUUUAGUUUUAAAAGGGUAUUUUAACCAUUAAAUGAGCGUUUCUAGAAACGUUUUCCGGAGUAAUUUAUGGGUUGGUGAUUAUAUGGCAUCGUCGUUUUGUGAUGGCAUGUGCAUUAUAAGUGAUAAAUUGUAAAAUUACAAUGAUUAGGAAACUCGGGACAGACUUGUGUUGAGCGAACUGCGGUUUAGUAAGCAAUGUACACUUGAAAUACAUCAGCAAGCAUAAAAGACUAAACGUGAAAUUACAAAGUUGAUUGAAACUGAUGUUCCGAUAAUCGGGGUAAAUUGUGAAUUGUAUUAUCCCAUCACAUCACAAACAAUUGACGUCCUAUUCUUUGGUCUUUUGGUAAAGUCACGUAGAUAGUAGAUAUGUAGAUAGGUUCAAAGAAAAGAACAAAAAACUACGACGUUUCAAUCGCAACACAAGCGGUCGUCUUCAGGAAAAGGGGGGUCAGUUCCAAGGCAAACUGUUUUUAAAGGUUUGAAAUGGGCGUGGCCCAAGUGUCAGCAGCCAAUGAUAAUGUAAGUGGUGGGUUGCCAACUCAACGGUGGUUGGUUUUCCACCAAUCAAAAAGCUGCCAGGUGAAAAUUUGCAUGUUUAAGAGAGAUUAGCAUGUUAAUGGCAGAUCGCAGAGCAGCAAACCAAGGGGUCAGCGCGCGAAGUGACUGUGAAAGCGCAAGUUUGAAAUGGGCGUAAAGCACAACUAACAUCGGAAGGUGGUAGAAUGGGAACAUCAUAGCCAAUUAUGACUUAAACUGGUUGAUAACGUCCUUCCAAUGAUUGCUCAGUUUGUACCCAUCUCGGUUGAAAUUGUGUGUGUCUGAGUAGUUUCUCCAUAUGGUCCCCUUGACGUCCAAAGCACUUGGCCCAUCGUCAUCAUCGUCAUCAUCAUCGGUGUCCGAUGGCUUUAAAUCCCCGCUGGCAAGAAGUGUCUCGCUCCUCAAACCACUUCGUUUACGCCUCACGUCGCUUCAUUGCUGCCAGGAAUUCACUUCCCACAUAAUGUGUUAUUUAAUUGUGGAAACGUGAAAUACACUCAGAGCCAUGUCUGCAGAGAGUGGUGGGUUUUCACCAGACACUUAUUGCUCUGGAUUGUAGACUUUAAGACGUGUGGGAUUUUUCAGUAAGUGCGAACAUAAGACAGUGUUGUUUAUCAUGAACGUGUAUUUAUCUCCAAGCUUCGUGUACGUACCUCUCAAUGUUUUGAAUGUACGUGUCAAAUCACAUUUUUUUACGUUGCUUUUCAAUAUUAAAAUCAAAUUCCAAAAUCACUCCACGCUGCUCUGGCUCGCCUCGGUAUUCCAUCAUUUUGAUCCUGGCACGCCUCGACUCGUUACAGUACCAUGACCAUGCAACCUCUGUGUUGUGCGUUGCAGUUGUGUCCCCUGCAAAAAUGGUUUUCUUAUGUUCAGUGAACCGUGCCGUGCUUGGAGGUAACUUUAGUUCUGCUCGUACUUACAUUCUAGCCAAACUGCAGUCUCCGUGAACCUCUUCAAAGAUUACACUGUCACAAUUUUUGUUUCUGGGUAGUAAGUGUCAUUUCGUAAUUGCUUAUGCUUAAAAUGUAUAGAAAAAGUCUAUUAUUUCCCACGAAACUUUGCUUUUGUAACUAGGAC